CAAACCGAAGCCGAACCGCGAGCAGGAUGGGCUCCAGCAGCUCCGACAUGAGCCACAUCCCAGACGCCCAGGAGCUCAUGCAGGAAACCGGCUUUUCUGCCGCCCACCUCGCCCGGCUGCACGAGAGGUUUGAGUUUCUGGACAAAGACGACAGAGGAGAGCUCAGCCCGGAGGACUUCAGCACAGUUUCGGAGUUGGCCAUGAACCCCAUCGGAGACAGAAUCAUCGCUGCUUUUUUCUCUCCGGGACAACAAGCGGUGGACUUUCCCUCCUUCGUCCGGAUUCUGGCUCAUUUCCGUCCGACCGACGCAAACCGAAGCAGGAAUGGAAGGAAUGGAGCGCAGCAAGAGCCGGCAAACAGCAGGACCAACAGACUCAAAUUCGUCUUCCAGCUGUACGACCAGGACAGAGACGGAAAGAUUUCCAGAGAGGACCUUCUUGAGGUGCUGAGGGCGAUGCUGGAGAUGCAGGUGGAGGAGGAGCAGCUGCAGAGCAUCGCUGAACGAGCCAUUCAGGAGGCCGACCUGGACCAGGACGACGCCAUCUCCUUCGACGAGUUCAGAAAGUCACUGGAGAAGGUGAACAUCGAGCACAAGAUGAGCAUUCGCUUCCUGGAGUAAAGAUGCAGACCUGCUGAGACGAUAUUAAUCUGAAAUGUGGAGAUGAAACAGGAGGUGGAACGCGAUUGGUGGGGUUUAAAAUCCUGGUCAUGAGGUGAAUCUGGACCACCAAAGAAAGUUGAGAUGAGUUAAGUUACUGCUGCGGACUUCCCAGUACCAAACGCACACUGUGUAUUUACAUGGCCGACAGACAAAAGUGUAAAGUAAACAUCAGGAUCGCCCCCUGGUGGCUGGAGGCAGUAUAAGGUCAGGAUGAAUCAAUAUGACCAGAGCUUCAGACAGAAACAUCGAACAUCAGUUCCACCUCAAGACAACUCCGUCUAUAAAUCUGGAGUCCCAAAGGUUGUGUCAGUCUGUCCUACAGAUGUCUGUUCAGAUCCAAACCAGUUUGAAACCAGUUCCAAACCAAUCAGAAACCAGUUCCAGUCGUCUACAAUGCAGGUAAACGCUGCAUAUCAUGUGUCAUGACGACAGCGUGGAAUACGAUUUUAUUUACUGACCAAUAGGCACAAGGUUUAACUUUUGUAUGACUCUGAGAUAAACUCUGUUUCAGAAGAUUACAGUAAAGACCCCACAGAGUUCCCCAUUAUUGUCCCUCUGUGGGAAACAUCAGACUGAUUUAUUUCAUUUCUUUAAAUGUCUAAAACAACAAUAAUAAAAAGUAAACAGCUAUUCGUUCAAACUGAACACUAAGUUGUGAUAAUUCUGUUGGAUUUUAUGCAUAAUAAACAUUAUUCUAUAUCAAACAUGUAUGUUCAUGCAUACUUUUGUAGGGUUCCCUCUAGCUUUAAAUGAAUUCAACUAUGUCCCUGCUACCGUUCUUCUGUUAAACAACACGAUGUGAUUGAUUUAUUUUAAUUCUUUUUAAAAAAGACUUUUCUGUUGAUUGUAAAAUGCUGUUGCACUGUUUUUCCUUUUUUUUAAAUGCUGUAUACUACAAUAAAUUUACCAACAACAA